AUGAGCGAUAAAGCCCUUUUAAUUCUUCCAACACAAGAAGAACAAAUUAAGCUUCUGGAAGAUCAUGCAACAGAAGAGCUUUUGGAAGUCUAUAAGAAGAAUGUUCAAGUAAUUAUACUAGUAGAUACGAUGAACAGCGAUGAAAGUACCCUAAAAGAAAAAGAGUUACUUAAAUUACUUAACGAUGCAUUUCAUUAG